CUGCUGAAGCUUCCGCGACAGCCAGGCAAAUAUAGAAACAGCUUGCUUUACCUCUAAUAAACCACAGAGGAAGCACAAACAUGGACAGCGAUGAUGACAAUAUGGAAGAAGUGGUGGAAGGGCCACUGGAUGAGGAUGACCAGCCUCAUGGUUUCUGUACUGUGACCUACUCCUCCAGUGACAGAUUUGAGGGACACUUUGUUCAUGGGGAGAAGAAUGGAAAAGGAAAAUUCUUCUUUUUUGAUGGCAGUAUGCUGGAGGGUUUCUAUGUGGACGAUGCUUUGCAGGGCCAGGGCAUUUAUACUUACGAGGAUGGAGGAGCAUUACAUGGGACUUAUGUAGACGGCGAGCUCAAUGGACCUGCUCAAGAGUUCAAUCCAGAUGGUCAACCGGUCUUCAGGGGCCAGUACAAGGACAACAUUCGCUGUGGCAUGUGCUGGGUCUACUACCCGGAUGGCGCCUGCGUGGUGGGGGAAGUGAAUGAAGAUGGAGAGAUGACAGGAAAGGCAGUGGCUUAUGUUUACCCUGAUGGGCGUACAGCUCUGUAUGGCUCAUUUGUUGAUGGAGAACUGAUUGAGGCCCAACUUGCCACUCUUACCACUCAAGAGAAUGGCAGACCACACUUCACUAUUGAUCCAGACAGUCCCGUUUACUGUUACGACAAAUCCACCUCGUCAUGUAUCGCCAGCCAUAAACUGUUGCCUGACCCUUACGAAAGUCAACGUGUGUAUGCGGGACUUUCACUUAUUUCCGGAGCUGGAGAAGGGCUAUUUGCAAAAACUAAGGCUGAGGCUAACACGGUGAUGGCUUUUUAUAAUGGUGUCCGCAUUACACAUUCAGAGGUGGACAGUCGGGACUGGUCCCUGAAUGGGAACACUAUUUCAUUGGAUGAGGACACUGUGAUUGAUGUUCCGGAACCUUUCAAUCUGACUGAGAAUUAUUGUGCAUCUCUAGGUCACAAGGCCAAUCACUCCUUCUCUCCCAAUUGCAAAUAUGACUCAUACGUCCAUCCUCGUUUUGGGCAAAUAAAAUGCAUCCGAACAAUCCGUGCCAUGGAGAAGGAUGAAGAACUCACUGUUGCUUAUGGUUAUGACCAUGAGCCAUCAGGGAAGUCUGAUCCAGAAGCACCAGGAUGGUACACAAAACAAUUGCUGGAGUUUCAACAGAGGGUGUCAGGAAAAGGGGCUGACGAGACCUACUAAGACCCUUUUCACCACUGCUGAAAAAAAUAUUAUCUCCCAUCCCAGCCUGCAACUACCACCAGAAACUCUAACUUUGUCCUUUGACUAUCACAAGCUAACAAUUUGAAAUAAUCACACCUUUGAACUGAUUUCUGGCAUCCUCAUCCAUUUACAAGUAUUUUAACUGUGAAAUCCUUGCUCAAAGCAACAAAAUUCUAUGGUUCUACUGUUCUAUAAUGUGGAAGGACCUGGUAUGUGUCAGUUAGUGACUGAGUUGGUUGCAUUAAUAAGAGCAAGUGAUUUUAAAGGCAUUUUGACUAAAAUCUAUGAAGCGGAGUAGAGUUGGAAAGUUUUAAAGACUAUUGUUACUAUUUCUUGAAGUAUUCAACCUCUUUACCACAACUUGUGUUAACCAUGCAGUAUUAAACCAAUAUAGUGUCUUUUGCUGCUCUGCUCAUGUUUCCCCCACAAACUAAAAAUAUAAAUUUGUUGUUAUUGUCUCUAUUAUCAUGUACAAACAGCUACAGUUAAGUUUAUAUAGGCUCUAGUUGUCUUGAAGUACAGUGUUAUACAGACAAGGCCCUUUAUUUAUUUGUUAUAUUUUUAUGUUUUUUCACAUACCAAGAGUACAAUGAAAAAUCUACACCACAAAAGAAAAUUUAAGUAAAUUGUCAUUUGUAUGUUGGGAAAAGACAGAACAGAGUGUAUCUGAGGCACAAGGUGAAGAGAAAUCUUUCUACUGAUCUGAACUUCAGCCUUUGUUAUGCAAAAGCUACCAACAACGAUUUAUCAAUAAAACUCCAGCAUAGAGCACAA